ACAUCCAGUAUUGCACCAACUUGUCACCUCUAAAUCUCUAAUGUCAUCCCAUAAAAUGGAGUCGCGAUCGGAUGAUCUCUACUCACCUCUCCUCCCUCCUGUGAUGGUUGACGGGCAACCACCACUCGAGAUGCUCUCGGUCGACCAAGCGUUAACCAAAUAUUGUGGUGAGUUUGGGUUUUGGCAACUCAAGCAUUUUGUUCUCACGUGUAUGGCAUGGGCGCUUGAGGCGAUACACACAAUGGUUAUGGUUUUUGCUGACCGUGAACCCGGUUGGACAUGUGAGCCUGGCUCAGAAUGUCUAUUGAAUUCGAACGAGAGCGUUUGUGGGCUUCAGCCAGGUUCAUGGCGAUGGGACAGUAGCGAAGGGUGGUCAACAGUGGCUGAGUGGGGUCUAGUGUGUGGACAAAAAUACAAGGUUGGGCUCGUUCAGGCUUUGUUCUUUUGUGGUUGCAUGAUAGGUGGCGGAAUAUGGGGUUACCUCUCUGAUACCAAAUUGGGAAGAAAAGGGUCACUCACAAUUGUAUGCAUUAUGAACAUCACUUUAGGCCUAUUAACUUCCAUCUCCCCAAACUACUGGAUCUAUGUCUUUCUCCGUCUACUCACCGGCUUCAGCACUGGUGGGAUUGGUGUUUGCGCCUUUGUGCUCGCCAUUGAACCCAUCGGACCCACCAAGCGUGGCUUUGCCGGCAUGUCCACUUUCUAUUUUUUCUCAAGCGGGAUAGCUCUUCUCUCAAGCAUAGCUUACACAUUUCAAUCAUGGCGGUUUCUUUACAUUGCUUCUUCCAUACCUUCCGUUAUCUUUCUUUGUCUCAUGCUCCCUUUCAUUUCUGAGUCCCCUCGUUGGUACCUCAUUCGUGGUAAAACCGAUGAAGCCAUGAAGAUCAUGCGAAAUAUCGCCAAAUCAAAUGGAAAACACCUCCCUGAAAAUGUGUACAUUGUCCUAGAUCAGGCAGCCAAUAGUUGUGAUCACAACUGCGUAGAAAUCGGAAAGAAUGAAAUUGUCACGAUGUCUGUCAUAGACGUGAUAAAGUCACCAUCAACGAGAAAACAUUUGCUUCUUCUUAUGGGAAUCAACUUUACAAGCGCGACUGUGUACUAUGGGCUAAACUUAAAUGCCACAAACCUUAACACUAAUAUCUACCUCAGUGUGUUACUCAAUGCAGUUGCGGAGAUGCCAGCAUAUCUUUUGACCGCAAUCUUAAUAGACAGGUUUGGGAGAAAGUCGUUAGGAGUUGGAACACAAUGGUUUAGCGGGAUCUUUUGCCUUAUAGGCGGCUUGAUGGGAAGCCAUGGGAGCUGGAUGGUAGUGAGGACAGUGUGUGGAGUUUUGGGAAUAUUUGGGAUGGCUGGAACUUAUAAUUUGUUAUACGUAUACGCGAUGGAGUUGUUUCCAACAGUAGUCAGAAGUGCAGCGAUCGGAUCUGCAAGGCAGGUGGGACAAAUAGGAGCCAUACUAGUACCUUUCGUCGUAGUUAUGGAUGCUAGUCUUUCGUUGAUGGUGUUUGGGGCAUGUGGGAUUGUGGGUGGUAUGCUUAUGUUUUCCUUGCCAGAAACAUUAAACAGACCCUUAUAUGACACCAUGAAUGGAAUGGAGGAUGAAAUAGACAAGUCCUCAAUGCUUGCUUAGUCAACCUUGAAGUUACAAUGUAAUCUUGAUUCCUACAAAGCUUAUCUUAUUUGGCACUUGGGCUAAAUAGCUAGUGCUUUGUUUGAGCCUUUCUACAUACCCUAUCUCAUAUUGUAACAUGUUAAUUGUUAUUCUUAUCACAUUGCCAUUAUUAUUAAACGUAUUAAAAGUA